AACAGCAAAAAAGAGGAUGGGAAAAGCAGAACCACCACCGAAAGCACCCACAUUAACGGAGGAGACUCAGAGAAGAGACGGGCCCGGCCGACGACUCCUUCCCUAUGAUCGCCGCCGUCUCCGUCUCCGUCUCCGAUCUCCUCCUCUUCCACCGCCGCAGGGCCCCUACUCUUCCGCCGAAGCCUGACCCACGCAUGCUCCGAUUCUCCCUUUCAUGCGCCGCCUGAAUGCCCGCAAACCCGCGAAAUCGCCGCCGAAGAUGGAUCCGAUCAAGCUCCACCUCCGCCCCACGGCCCGAUCCUCUAACCUCUUCUCGCGGAGCCCCGGAAAGCAACAGCCCAGACCCAAUCUCUGCAUCCUCUCCUCGAUUCUCAUUUCCCUGUCCUUCCUCCUCUGCUACCUCUUCCUCUUCCCCAAGAAUUCCGGUCCUCCCGGGGGCAAAAGGUACGCCAUUGUGAUCGACGGUGGCAGCACCGGCACCCGGAUCCACGUGUUCGGGUACUCCCGUGAUGCCGGCAAGGCCCCGGCUUUCGACUUUGGUGAGGGCGGGCUGGCCUCUAUGCGGGUCAAUCCGGGCCUUUCGGCCUAUGCUGAGGAUCCGGAGUCGGCAGGCAGAUCGCUUCGCGAGCUGAUCGAGUUCGGGAAGCAGAGGGUGCCAAGAGAGCAGUGGGCCAAUACAGAGAUUCGGCUGAUGGCCACCGCGGGAAUGAGGCUUCUCGAGCUGCCGGUCCAGUACCGGAUACUCGAGUCGUGCAGGGGAGCUCUCAGGGAGUCGGGGUUCAAGUUCCGGGAUGAGUGGGCUUCAGUUAUUAAAGGAUCUGAUGAAGGAGUGUACGCUUGGGUGGUGGCAAACUAUGCGCUCGGUUCUCUUGGAGGUGAUCCUCUGCAGACCACUGGCAUUGUUGAACUCGGUGGAGCUUCUGCUCAGGUGACCUUUUCUUCUAGUGAGCCACUGCCUCCCAAGUUUUCCCGCGUUGUUAAAUUUGGGAAUAUUACGUACAAUCUCUACAGCCACAGUUUUCUUCAUUUUGGCCAGAAUGUUGCAUUUGAAACAUUAAGGGAGCUGAUAGCUUCUGGAGAUUAUAAUGCGGCUACUGAUUCUCUCCAAAAGGGAAUAUAUAUCGAUCCUUGUAUACCUAAAGGAUACUCAUCUACGGGGCCGUGGAGGUUCUCACCAGGACCACUGGAUAAUAAAAAUAGACACAUUUUCAGCGUUCAGUCUCAGGGUAAUUUCUCCGAGUGCAGGUCUGCUGCGUUACAUCUGUUGCAGAAAGGAAAAGAUAAAUGCACCCAUCAGCACUGCUAUAUAGGAUCAGUUUUCACACCUAAGCUUCAGGGGAAAUUCUUGGCCACCGAAAACUUUUUCCACACAUCUAAGUUCUUUGGCUUGGCACAAAAAGCACUUCUUUCUGAUCUGAUGUCUGCUGGGCAACGUUUUUGUGGAGAGGAUUGGUCGGUCUUAAAGAAGAGACAUUCUUCACUUCGUGAGGAGGAUCUGCUUCAUUAUUGCUUUUCGUCGGCCUAUAUUGUUGCCCUACUUCAUGACAGUCUAGGAAUCACCUUGAACGAUGAAAGGAUCUGGUUUACUAACCAGGUGGGAAGUGUUACGCUGGAUUGGGCAUUAGGAGCAUUUAUAUUACAGAGCACUGAAUCUGCAGAUUCCGAGGUUCCUCAUUGGUUCUCCAUGAUUAUUGGUGAUGAUUCGCAUAGGUUACUCUUAAUAGGUGGGAUUUUAGUCAUAAUUACGCUCAUUGGGUGGUUCAUAUCAAAGUGGAGGAAGCCUCAGCUGAAGACCAUUUACGAUUUAGAGAAGGGACGCUACAUUAUUACCCGUGUGAAUAGAUACUGAUUUUCCCCCUGGAGACAAACGAAUUGCUGUUCUGUUCUCCUAUGCGUGCAACUGGGAGGGAGAGAAUAGCUGUCUGACUCGAAACAGAAUCCUCUGCUGUCACGCAAAAUUUCCUCGAUUCCACAUGGCCUGUUUCACUCUUGAGGUUAAGUUGUGGAGAAAAGCCUCUGGACUGUGCAUACUGGGACUUCAGACGGUUCGAAGAGUGGCAUCUUGCAUGGAGGUUGGCUAAGAUUCCUAUUCUUGACUUGAUUCCCCAUUAUUUGUACAUAAGGGGUCAUCGGCGCUCCUGCAUAGUUAGACGAGUUCUUGCAUUACAGAGUUGCAUUUAGAUAUUGGAACCGGGGUUACCGCUUCUUAGGAAGGAGGCUUUCUGGGGGAUACUUCGAUCCAAGGACAUAAUUAUGAAACCACUGUAUUGAAUGACACUGCUCAAUCGAUUAAUGAAGAUUCUGAAUUACUUGGCUUGUGAGAAAAGAAGUCCAAAUGACUUCUUUGCCGGGCAA